AUGAAAGUUUCCCUGACACGUCCUACAGCCAUCAGUAUUGUCGGUACAGUAAUUACAGUGUUACUACUCGCGAGAUUACUUUUAAGUGCACCAUCAAUUUCAAGACAAUUGAAUUAUUUUUUCACAUCAUUAGCAAGUGCAUCACUGUUUAAACCAUACGUGCCAAAUUUCCGCAAUGUACCCAACGUUGAAUACUACGAUUUGCGUAACUAUCAAGGUGAUCCAGAUGGUUGGCAACGUGAUAACCGAAUUUUGUUUCUAGUACCAUUGAGAGAUGCAGCAGAGCAUCUGCCGCGUUUUUUCAAUCAUAUGGAUAAGAUGACGUACCCUCAUAACUUGAUUGAUUUUUCAUUUUUGGUUAGUGAUUCUUCGGAUGAUACUAUGGGAGCGUUACUAUCGCAUUUGGAGAAAGCACAAUCUAACAAGGAUAAGACACGUAGAUUUGGUAACAUUGAAAUUUAUGAGAAAGAUUUUGGACAAGCAAUUGGACAAUCCUUUAGUGAUAGACAUGGAUUUGAUGCGCAGGGACCACGUCGUAAAUUAAUGGCAAGAGCAAGAAAUUGGUUGGGUACAGUUGCCUUAAAAGCAUAUCACUCAUGGGUUUACUGGAGAGAUGUUGACGUCGAAUUAUGUCCACAGUCAAUUAUGGAGGAUUUGAUGCACCACGAUAGAGAUGUUAUCGUACCUAACGUUUGGAGACCAUUACCAGAUUGGCUAGGUAAUAUUCAACCAUAUGAUUUGAAUUCUUGGAAAGAAUCCGAAGUCGGAGUUCAGUUGGCAGAUUCGCUACCAGAUGAUGAUGCAGUUAUUGUGGAAGGUUAUCCAGAUUAUUCAACUUGGAGGACACAUUUAGCUUAUAUGCGUGACCCUAAUGGUAACCCAGAAGAUGAGCUAGAACUAGAUGGUAUUGGUGGUGUUUCAAUUUUAUCGAAGGGUAAAGUGUUCCGUACAGGUUCACAUUUCCCAGCAUUUUCAUUCGAAAAACAUGCUGAAACUGAAGCGUUUGGUAAAUUAUCACGUCGUAUGGGAUACAACGUUGUUGGUCUACCACACUAUGUGAUUUGGCACAUUUAUGAACCAAGUACAGAAGAUUUACAACAUAUGGCCUGGAUGGCAGAAGAGGAACGUCGUCGUGUGGAAGAGGAUCGUCUAAGAGAAUUUUAUGACCGUAUCUGGGAUACUGGAUUCCAAGAUGUUCGUGACGAUUGGGGUGAUGAGAGGUUGGCAAUUUUCAAGAAUAUUGACCAUACCAAGGCUCACGGUCAUGAAAUUUUCGUAGAUUGGUCAGACGGAUCAGAGAUAAAAGAACAGCCUUCUCUGCAACAACAACAACAAGUUCAGCAGCCACAGAAGCCAUCGAUACAAGAUCCACAACAGCAGGUUCAGCAACAGCAGGUUCAGCAGCAGGUUCAACAGCCACAGAAGCCAUUGAUAGACGAGCAACAACAACAAGUUCAGCAACAACAACAACUACAACAACAACAAGUUCAACAGCCGCAAAAUCAAUUGAUAGAUAACCCACAGCAGCCUGUUCAGCAACACCAACUACAACAGCUACCACAGCAGCAGCAGCAGCAACAACAACAACUACAACAGCCACAAAAUCAAUUGAUAGACGAGCAACAACAACUACAACAACAAAAUCAAUUGGUGCAAGAACCACAACAGCCUGCCCAGCAGCAGCAACAACAAGAACAACAGCAACUACAACAACAACAACUACAACAACAACAGUUACAACAACAACAGUUACAACAACAACAGUUACAACAACAACAACAACCACAAAACGAUAUGAGAUUGGAAUUCGAUCCAGAUGCAAAGUAA